CUUUAAAAGAGAGGUGGGACCUCUGGCCAGGAAUGCCUCAGCACUGCGAGGAGGAGCUGGGGAACCGUGAGAGGAUGCAGCAGGCUAUGACCGGGCCCCUCAGCCCCCAGCCUGUACAGUAGCAGAGAGACGCCCGGAGAGGGAGCCCCUGGAUGGUCUUCCUGGCAUCACGGCCACUGAAGGAGAGAAGCCUCACCCAGACCGGGGAGAGCAGACAGGCUUCCAUGUGUUAACUGGAGCUGGAUGCUGUUUGGAAUUUCAUCCUAGACUGAACAUUUUCCGGAGAGACUUUCCCUGCGUGUUCCGGCUCAUGGAUCAGCCCGCCAGCAGCUGCAUGCGGAGUGCCCACCCGGGCAGCGCCAUCUGGGGGUGCAUGCGGGGGCCACACUCAGCAGUGCCGUCGCCGGGGUUACCACCGUACCAGCAGGGCCCGUUCUCGCUGCACCAGAAACCCGAAUUCCUGGCCUAUACGGACUUCCCAGGCUCCUGCCUGGUGUCGGCAGCACCACACACCUACCCCCGCGACGACCGGCCCUACGCCGAUCCCGGAGGCCCCGGCUACCAGCGGCCCGACUGGCAGUUCCCCGCCUGCGGGGCUCGUACCCGGGGCCAGGAGCCGUGCCCGGCUGGCAGUGGCGCGGCCGAGGUGGAUGACGUGGGUCUGGACAGGCUGCCAGGGCCGGUGUCCGGGUGCCUGGAGGGGGAGUACUCACCGCCCAGCAUGACGCCCACUGAGACAGAGAAGAAGACCUCCAAGAGGAAGAGGGAGGUUGCAGAGACUCACGACUCCACCUUUAAGGGCGAUUCCAGCUGCAAAGCGAGGAAGGAGAGAACGGCGUUCACCAAAGAGCAGCUCCGGGAACUGGAGGCAGAAUUCACCCACCAUAAUUACCUGACCCGGCUGCGUCGCUAUGAGAUCGCAGUGAACCUGGACCUCACCGAGCGACAGGUGAAAGUGUGGUUCCAAAACAGACGGAUGAAAUGGAAGAGAGUGAAAGGAGGGCAGCCCGCCUCUCCGCACGACCUGGAGACAGACGACGUCGAUUCUGCAGCCUCGCCCAGCUCAGAGUGACGGACUUGAGCCAGCCUGCAGCAGCUGAAUGCCCGUUGAUGCCGCAUUGCAUCUUGGGAUGCCUGGUUGCUGGAGUGGCCAGCGCCCACUGACUGACAGACUUGUGCAUCUGCAGUGAUUUUUGUACGUUUCCUUCUCACCUAAGCAAAUGGCAAAGUGCUUUCCUCUAUACACACUCUCCAGGUAGUUAUGUUCUACAUUCAACUCUUUUACAAUGAGAACUGAUUAAAAGUGAGGAGAAAUGUUUUGGCGUCAUCAGUCCAAUGAAAAUGUAUAUUAGUCACUCAGUUUACCUCUACUGUUGUAUAUGGAAGUGCUUUAUCUGGUGAGCAGUUAAGGUCGAUAAAAAGCAUCUGUCAUUUUCAGCUUUCUGCUGAAAAAAAUCUUGUAAAUGUUGCCAAGUUAGCAGAACUUCCAGAGCUUCACAGCCAUUCCAGACUUGCCGAUUCAACUGGCUUUUGAUAAGUUGUGCUGUUUUUAUUUUUUUAGUAAACUUUGACUUUUGUUUGUAUUUCUGUUUUUACAUUUGAAAUUUUAAUAAUAAAUGAAAUACAGAUGUAGCAAAUUAAGACCUGCAGUUAAAGGCUUCAAUAAAUGUUGUAAAAUUUUA